AGGCAACCAUGGCAGCAUAGGAGGGGGCAUCCUCAGCCAAUUCCUCGCUCCUCCUAUAUAUCUACGAUGCCUUAUUCCUCGCAUUAGAUUGGCGAGCCAGCAGCAUCCUUCUAUGUCGCAACGCCGCACGCCAACUCGUCGGAAUUAAGCGGGAAUCGAGCAGCGGAUCCCGAUGGCAUGGACACUUAUGCGAGGUCCGCCGCGCCGCCGAGCCACUGGAGCCACCUCGCCGCCUCCUCGCCCCGCAGCCAAGCUCCGUCGCCAUCGCCCCGCCGCCCCGCCGCACCGCCAGCAGCCGCCAGCGAGCCACAGCAAGCGGCAUGAGGCUUGAGUCGCUCGCACCUCUAUCCAUGCUGCUCAUCGGGGUCUCAAUCGCCUGCUACCCCCCGUCUAAGGAUUCCCCGCAGGACCGGGCGUACAGGUCGGCCGUGGUGAUCGAGGGCAAGGUGCAGUCCACGCCGGGAGGGAACGCCUCCGCCGAGCCGCCGCCGCCGCAGCAGCAGCAGCAGCAACAACGCGUGCACGUCAAGGUGCUGGACGUGUGGCCCCUGCACAGCGGGGGGCUGGAGCCCGAGCAGCUCGUCACCGUGCUGGGGCAGUUCGGGGCGAAGGCUCCGUGCGCCGACGUGCAGAAGAACCGCAAGUACAUCUUUUUCAUGGAGCCCACUGAGGCGCCGCUGGUCUUCAAGGCUUCAUUCGCGCCCCUGGACACGAGCGGGAAGAACCUGAAGAAGGACGUGGGGAAAAUCCUGUGUGAGGGCUGCGCUUCGGCUCCAAAGUUAAAACCAAUGAAGAAUCCAUCAAUACUAGACGAGGGAAGCAAGCUCACAGUCAAGUGUGAGGCCACAGGGAACCCUCUCCCCACCUACCGCUGGUUCAAAGACGGCAUCGAGCUCAAAGGCAAAAGAAUUAGGAUAAAGAACAGCCAGAAAAACUCCAGACUGCAGAUCAACAGAGCGAAACUGGGGGAUUCUGGGAAUUACACAUGUGUGGUGGAAAACCUGCUGGGAAAGGACAACUCCACUGGCACUAUAAACGUCCAAAGCAGAACCACAACGCUAUCUCCAGGCUCAGGCCACGCCAGAAGAUGCAAUGACACAGAGAAGGCCUUCUGUGUGAAUGGCGGCGACUGUUUCUUCAUACGUGGUAUAAACCGGCUUUCCUGCAAGUGUCCAAAUGACUUUACUGGUGAUCGCUGUCAAACCUACGUUAUGGCACGUUUCUACCAUCACCUUGGAAUUGAAUUUAUGGAGGCAGAAGAACUCUACCAGAAGAGAGUCCUGACAAUCACGGGUAUUUGUGUGGCUUUGUUGUUGGUGGGCAUCGUGUGUGUGGUGGCCUACUGUAAAACCAAGAAACAAAGAAAGAAGAUGCACAAUCAUCUGCGACAGAACAUGUGUCCAGAGCACCUCAAUCGAAACUUAGCUAACGGACCCAAUCACCCAGGACCUGGACCAGAGGAAAUCCCCAUGGUAGAUGUGAGUUGGAAAAAUUACAUAUCAAAGAACGUGCCAGCAACUGAACGAGUCAUACGGCCUGCGACAGAAGGAUCGUUCCCAGCCAGUCACACAUCUUCCAGAUCUCACAAUUCUUCCACACGAGCCCAUUCAUCAACUCACAGACCUGAGGAGCGGACGUGGAGCCUGGAACAUUCGGACAGCGUCCUCUCUGACUCGCCGGGGAUGAUGUCAUCGUCAGUGGGGACCAGUAAAUGCAGCAGCCCCAUAUGCAUGGAGGCGCGGGCCCGGCGAGCUGCUCACUGUGCUUACAAUGACUCCCAUCGGCCGCCGCUCCAGUAUGGCGACUCCUUCGACUCCCUGGGAGACUCUCCACACAGCGACAGAUACGUGUCAGCCCUGACGACACCAGCCCGCCUCUCCCCAGUGGAUUUCCGCUACUCCUUGCCCCCGCAGGUGCCUACCUUCCAGAUCACCUCGCCCAACGCCAGCCACGCCAUGUCCCUCCCUCCCGCUGUCCACAACCCGUACCCCCUGGAAGACGACCAGCCUCUGCUGCGCCGCUACCAAGUGCCCCUCCACGACGCCCAGUGCCAGGAAGCCUACCGGCAGCAGCGCCGCACCUAUCUCAACGACAGCAGGGGCAGCCCCUACCGGCUGGCGGACGACGAAGACUAUGAGACCACCCAGGAGUAUCUCUCCUCCAGGGAGCAACCAAAGAAAAGCGGGUCCAGCGCAACCAAUAGCCGGCGCUGGAGGAGGUCCAGACUGAACGGCCACGUGGCCCCCCGCGGAUACGAGGCCUCCCGGGAAUACGGCUCCCGUAGCUGCCUAACAGGAAGCGAGUCGGAAGAGGACGGCGAGAGCACGCCCUUCCUCAGUAUGCAGAACAUGAACGCUGAGCCCUCCACCAUCUACAGACCGGUGGACAGUCGGACUCCUCACUCGUCGGGGCGGCACAGUGGGCAUGGCAACAUGCAAACGAGACUCACACACACCCGCUCCAAACCGGACGCUACACCCCAUUAGAGAGUGACCACGAACCCCGGGGGAAAGAAAUCAACAUAGUAUAGACCUGCAUCUAUAAGAAAUAUUUUUAUUUUAUAUAACUGACAGAUAUUCUAAACAAAUGAAAUAUUUAUUUUCAUUUUAGCAAAAGUUGUCUACUAGUUAACAGCAAAGACUUUUUUAUAGGGAAAACUCUAUUUAUAUGUACAUUUUGAUUUACAGCAUAAAACGAUGUGCCAGUUUUUUCACACACAAAAAAAAUAGAGUAAUAUUGUGGUGCCUUUUGCUGUUUGCCGAUGCCAGAGGGCCAGUGGAGGUUUUUUGUAGCCUUUCUUAUACGGACGCCUCAUUUUUUUUUUUUUUUAUACACAUUGAUUUUGUUUGUCUCCUCUCUGGUUGAUUUUUUUUUCUUUUCUGUCCAAGUUGCCCUCUUCCAUUAUCAUGCAAUAUAAAACACUGUCAUUACAAAGUGUAUGUUUACAUCAGUGUAACUCACCCGUAGGGUUUAGCACUUGGGAUCCAAUAGAACGCCUGAUUCAUUAAUACAAUGUAGAUCCGUUUUGUUUUGCCGUCUGGUUUGUUUGUUUGUGUGUGUGUGUGUGUGCGUGCGUGUGUGUGCGCGCGCGGACAGCCACAGAACCAGUGCUUUAUCAGACCCCCUCUCCCGCCCACUGACCUCCCUCCAAGUAGACGCAGGUGAAGCUGCGGUAGGUUCUGUUACGUUAUGCAGGUCAUUGCUUGAUGUGUUUACAGCUAUUCUCCCUGCCCCCAUAAAGCCCCCCACCCACCCCCUGCUCCACCUCCUUGCCUUCCCUGCAGGGUUCCCUCAUGUUAGCCUUUUAUGAGGCCCACAAACACAGAGCCGCUUGGCACGGGCUGACCCCUGCCAUCGGAGGUGGUGGGCGAAACAAAACCACUGCAUCUGUUUCCACUCAGCUCCCCCAUACCUCGUCAUCCUUCUGUGUCCUUUCUGCUUUUUUGUGGUCUCUGUAAAAAGGCCACACAGUGUCUCAGGAUUUCCACCCCUCAUGUCCUUCCCUGAACAUACACCACCGACACGUGGAAUAGCUGUGAAAGGGAUCAUACAAUGCAAAAAUAUGCAAUCUUUCUAUUCUGUUGUUUGAGGACAUCCUUUUUCUAAUAGGUGACUGUGCUGUGUGUGCCUGUAGUGUAGAAUGAUGCAUAUUUACACCACCUAUUUUACUUCUUUAAAAAAAAAAGCCAUCUAUCAAAUUGUAUCGUGCACAUGAUUGUUUUUAUUAUUAGAGCGCUUUCACUUUUGCGUGCACUCUUCCAGUAAACGACAAGUAGCAUCCAAAUAGCGUAUCCUCCGAUAGUACUGUGUACCUGCCGCUUUGUCUUAUUGACAGGUUUAGUCAAAGCCAGUCUGACACAAGGAAUCCAAACCAUUAAGGCACCCCCAAGAUCCGUUUCGUUACUGUAAUAGACCAUUUGUUCUGCGCAGUGUGGUCUUUCAGGGCCGGCUCCUGGCAAAAACACUAUGCGGUGGCUUGGGGCCUCAAAUGAUCAGAAAGGUUUUCAAAUCCAUUUAGAUGCGCAUUGUUUGUAUUGUCAACAUUUGGAGCCUUGCAGCACCUUAUAAAAUCAAACCCUAUGUUAAAGGGGGAAGGAACAAAAUCUUGUUUAGGGUCACACAAAGUCUGGUUAUACAGUCGGAAAGGGAAUUCAUAAGGCCCCAUUCGCCAUGGUUUACCUGACACAUGAUUUGUGACAAAUUAUAGCCACACGGCAAUAGAGUGUUGGAUAUCUUAAAAUGUGUUAUUGUGGCAAUUCUAACUUUGACCACAGCGUCAGUUGCUCUGUAGAGUGACGCUUUUCAUCAUUUUCAGCAAACUGCAUUGCAAAAUAAUGAACCCCCCUCUUUCGCUCACGCGAGAUCCACCCAGGAUUGGGGCCAUAAGAAUCCCUUCCCUACUGUAAAAGAGAGUGUUUUUGGUCACUUGCAGAUAACUUCCUCACCCUUCCCAAAAAAUAAGCAAUUUUAGGUCCUACCAAGCACUCCCUGCAAGUCUCCUCUCUUUUAAUCCUAAAAUCCUCCUGACCUCCUUGACCUCCCUUGGCUUGAACCUCCUCUCCUCUGCAUGUACUUGUGGUCAAGGUUAGAUGGGUGCAUGGUUUGAAAAAACAAAAAAAGGAAGAAGAAAAAAUGAGAAAAGCAGCAGACUAUUCUUUUCCAGUCAUGGGAAGUGUGUUUCAUUUAACAUUCAGCAAUAAAUAAACAAAAAAGACCCUUUCCCCUCCCCCUUGCUUCCAUGUCAUUCUUGGAAUAUGCUAGAAAUAAAAGAAACAAUGCCAGAUUGUCAUAGAUUGUAAAAAAAAAGAAAAAAAGAAAACUGAUUUCACCUGUUCAUAUGAGGAAAAUAAAUCGUUAUUCAUAUCA